AACAAUAUUCAGCCAAAGCCCGCUUUGUGAAGAUGGCGGCGCCAUGCAGUAGACUGCUCGACCUUGCUAAGGUGCAAUGUCGAAUCUUUUCACUAAAUUUCAAUCCCGAAAGGCUGAGAUUGGGAAAUAAGAUCCUACGACAGCGCUUGCGUGGCCCUGCACUUGCAGCAUGGUACCCGAGAAAGACGGUCUCCUUCAGAGAUCUGCAGGAAACGUGCAGCCGUUCAGGCCUAACAACGUUUGAUGAAUAUCAGGAUGAUCGCGAGGAAGCAAUUCAAAUAGCGAAAUUACGAGGGAAGGGUCGACCGAAAAAGAAAAGGACGGCCGCAGAAUCUCGGUCGGCCAAGAAGAAGAAAUAGAUUUACUGAGAUGUCUGGUGUUGGGUAUAAGGUUUCUUACACGGAACUGUCCGGUUUAUAGUGCGGUGUGGCCCAAUAUCCUGGCAAUUGGACCAUUGUAAUCUCUUGUGCUUGUCCUCUUCUCAUUCUGUUUAUUCUCUCAGGCUUUGUACGAUUUGAAUUUGGAGUGUAUUUGGAAUUUCAGAACAAUGUCAAUAAAUCAAGGACCUUUAAAGGAGAGCAAUGGUCACCGUGGACAGUCAAGUAAGCAGUCAAUACAAGGCCUAGUUCAGAAGACCUGGGAG